AUGAUGCUUAUACUCCUGCUUAUUUUUCUUCACUAUUCCGAUUCGAAUAUAUUGGAGAAUUGUUAUUCGACCGGAUAUGAUUGCUUCUCAUUCAAGGAGGGAUUUUUCGAGUUAGCUUCAAAUGUGACGUUGACAGCAGAUGAUGUUCCAACAGCUCAAAAGGAUAGCAAUUUUUCGACGCGCAUCAUUAUCAACGAUAUUCUACAAAAACUAACGGCUAAAGAAAAUGUCUCGAUUGCCGCAUUGGUGCUCGAAGCUGGCAAUCAAAAUGAAGUUGUUUGGAAAAUCUCGCCGGAUCUCGAAAGCGAACAUCUGAUUAAAAUUGACAAGAGCACUUCAACGGAUAUUCCCUAUUCCAUAUAUGGCUUCGACAUUUUGAAUUAUAAUGAAGGAUCCGGCAAGCUUCUCGUAAUUCCACCAAACGUCAAUUUAUUUUUUACAAGGACUGCGGAGUUCCAUGGAUGUCAGAACAAUUCUCUCAUUCUUCUUCCAUUUAUUUGGAAUGAAGAGAGCCGGAAUAUAAUCAAGGGUGUCUCGUACCUUUCGCUGACUGAGUGUAAUACGAAAUGCAUUUCCCUGCCGAUUCCCACGCAACUUCUUCGAAUGUGCCCGAACGUGAAAUUUAAACCAACAGUUCAUAUUGAUCGCCAUCGCGAAUUUGAGGCGCAGAUUUCGGAUGAUCUUCUGGGAUUCACAAUAAAGGUCGCCAACAAAUCAAUGGAAUUUCCAAUUGGGAUUUUGGAUUGCGCAUCACUUUUUGAAAAUGUCUCAAUUCUUGGAGAAGCACCUUUUUGCUUGGGUGACGGCAAGAAUGUGGCAAUCAAGUUUGGCGCAAGUCCGAUUUAUCUGGCUGAAAAAAUUGUCAGAACAAAAAAACCUCCAAGCAACAUUUAUGUCAGAAAUCCCAGUGCACCGAUCUAUCCCAAUUUCACCGUGUCCUAUGAAUCGGAAAUUGGGCAAUGCCGGAAUAUUGUGCGAUUUGAGGUCAAGCAAAUCUCAGGAAGUGGCCUAUUCCCAUUAACCUUCAAGUGGACUGUGAUAAAUGGCACGAAAGAAAUGGAGAGAAUCGCUCUCUCAACGAAUAAUCGAGUAUUGGAAUUCCAGCGGAUCGAUCUUCUGCCGAAGAACACACUAAUGGUGACAGUUUGUAAUAUUGCCGACAAAUGUACAAGCGUUAAUGACAUUGAUGUCACUUUAAUUGAUGACUCUUCGGUGUUCUCAGUGGCAAUUGAAGGAUAUGAGAAAAUUUCCCCAACAUCAUUCGGACUUCAGCUCCGGGCGAUGCCAUCAUUCCAAUCGUGUAAUGCAAGCAUUAUCCCAAGAGAAGUGCAGUAUGAAUGGAUUGUCAAUGGGGAAAGCAGUACGUUCGAUGAUUUGGUGAAGUUGCCCGCUUACAAAUACAAGGUCAAUGAAAACGUGAACAUCACCCUUAUCGCGAAAUACAAUCGAGAAAAGUUCUACUCAUCGACCGAUUCGAAAACAAUACAGUACGUCGGUUUGCCUUUGCUUCUUGGUUUAGAUUGCGCCGAGAAUCAUUUUGCGCAUGAUCAUGAGCUCAUUAUUCAUGCGAUCGCUUUCGAUCCAAAUCAGCCGCAUGAAAAGCUUCUUUACAAAUGGGAUUGUCAUUUAUUAAAUGAAAGCUCCGAAGUUUCUAAAAAAUGUGACGUCACUGGCAUUAAUUGGAAAAGGAAAUCGCUGCGGAUACCUGCCGGAAAAUUGAAGCAAUUUCAGAGAAUUCAAGCGCUAGUGAACCCAGCGGCAUCGAAGGUCAAUAUUACAUGGGAAAUCGUACAAGACUCAAACUAUGCUUAUUUCAAUUUGUCUUCUAUUAAUGCGCAUCCAACCACAAUUUUGGAUAAUCUGAAUGAGAAUUCACAAGUUGCUGUUUCUCUCAUCAUUCCGCCAGCAAGUCAAAUGUAUCCGGGAUGGUUGGGACUUUUGGCUGGAAAAACGUUUCUGAUAAGACUUUGGGCUACAAACUCAAGAGGGACAUCAUUCGCGGACCUUCAUUUGCAUACCAAUUCUCCGCCUCAAAAAGGAGCUAUUGAUGUGACAUCAACUACUACCGAGUUUACUGCUCUUGAUACACCCAUCAAACUUUCAAUUGGGGAUGGCUGGACUGAUGACAUUGAGGAUUUGCCACUGAGCUAUACAUUCGGAUUGAAAACGCUUUUCGAAAACGGCUCGGAUUCAAUUCAAUGGCUUCGAAAGAGCACCGCAAAAACUCAGAUGCUUUAUUUGCCAACGGCAUCAAAAUCGCCAAAAUCGACAUGCGAUGGUAGAAUCGGUUAUACUGCUGUUCUCAAGGUAUGUGAUCGUUUGGAAUCGUGCACCGAAGGGGAAUCGGAUAAAUUCGAAGUGAUGAUGAACAGUAACCUGACAGUGUCUGUCGCUGGUUUGAUAAGCAGAAUCAAUGCUGACAUUGCAAAUGGCAAUUUCAUGUCUGCUAUUGAUAAAAUUAAUUCAAUCAACAUUGAAACAUGCGUUAAGAGCUUUGACAUCGCUCUCACCGACAAAGUUGCUCUGCUGCUCAUUCAGUCUUUGGAUGAGUCAACGGAAUCGUUGGAGUUCCAAGAAGCCAUCAAAUCAGCAUUGACACUUCUUCCAGUGGUGUCUUCCGAUGUUCUCACCGAGUUGAUCAGUACGCUCGAGAGUUAUCGAAUAUUGAUGGGUCAUAGCGGCAGGAAUCGUCAAAAGAGAGCGGCAACGCUGGAAGAAGAAACGAUUAAAGUUUAUCAAGCAACAGAAAGCGAGGCAAAUGACAUGCUCAAGGUUUAUGAUAUUCUCAUAGGAAAGGACAAACCAGUAAUUGAUGUGUUCUUCCUUAAUAUUAAUGAUUUUUUGACGGGCCUUUGUGUACAAUUAGACGAGAACUCCGAUCGAGCUAUGAGUGCUACAGGAUCGGGAUAUACUGAAAUCAGAUCGCAAAGCAUUAACGCAAAUCUGGAAACCUAUACCGGCCUGUACAAUAUUAGUGGGAAUCCCAUGCCAAAGAUUCACCUCACAAGUACAUUCGCCGAUCAAUAUCGAUCUUGGACCUGCGGAACUACCUACACAUCAACUUGUCUGCACAUUUGUUUGGGCUCAGCGUGGAUCUCCCAAACAGCAAUGUUCGACAACUCAUUCCUGGCAACAUACUUGUUCGACAAUCAAUAUUAUUUGAAUGCCAAUCGUUCUGUUUCUGAUUUAUAUCAGAUUUCGUUCAUCGAUCCUUUAUCGGGUAACAUUGUAAGACCUGCUUCAGCUUCAAACUUGUUCUCGGUGGCUAUUCCAUUGUACAACUACAAUCCCAUCGAUUAUUACGAGUGUUUCCUAUUUAAUCAACAUAUUGGAUGGCAGGGAACAAGCUGCUCGUCGCCAGACUACGCAGUAACCAAGGAUAAUGUGAACUACAUGGUUUGCAACUGCACAAUGAGCGGAAUUGUUGGUGUUUUUCACGUGAACCCGCCAACACCGGCAGAAAUCUCAAAUCACAAUGAAAUUCAAGUUCUCAUUGAACUUGAUGUGCAGCUAACAUCAAAUGACGUUUCCAAGUUCUUCUAUAAACUUGCGCAGCUCUCUGAAAUUGAUUUGAGAAGAUUUGUAAAGCUGUCAAAUAAGGAGAAUAAGACGAUUUCGGCCGUUCUCCGCCCGCUAUUUCUAAGCACGCAUCAGAGCAAUAGCUAUGCCCUUCAGGCCAUAAAGAAGGCGUUGGGAUACGAAAAAAUGUUGAGCAAUGUGAACGUUGAAAAAUUCUCAUAUAAAGUCAUUCAACGCGAUCUUCAAGGCGAUAGAAAUGCUCGAAAAAUUCGGAUAAAUUUAAAUCAAUCAUAUGCAAAUGCUUUGAGGAACGAAUCGGAUGAAUAUGCGAAAAAGUGGACGCAGAAUAUUGCGAAUAUGUUGCAAAUAUCGGAAUAUCGAUUGAAGAAUGCGAAAAUUUUCUUUGGAGUGGUGUUUAAUUUCACGGUGACCGUGCCAUUCAGUGAUGAGGUUCUUCCACUGACGGCUGAUGAGAUUUCCCUAAUGAUUCAAGAGGCAUCGGUCUACGGCGAGCUGCAAUUCAGUGUUCUGGAGGAAACUGUUCACGUUAACCCAAUUAAGAACACCGACAUAUUUCAAUUGUUGGUGAUCAAGGAGACGAAUUCGCUAAUGAUUGCGAUAAUAGUGGCACUAUCAGCAAUUCUUGGAAUCGGCACACUAUUCAUUGGUGGAGCUGUAAUUGUCAAAAUAAAAACCGAUAAGCUUAUUGAGGAGGAAAGGCGACGGGCAAUUCUUGGUGAGGUGUUCCGAGUCCCACCACCGGAAUAUGACAAUGUUUCAUCAACGCCCGCGUAUCAGCCAACGACUGUUGCAGGCCAAUAUCCUCAUCGUCGCAAUCGACUCGAAACGCGUCAUUACUAA